AUGGGGCUCUCCAACGCAGCCAUAAUUGUCAUUGUCCUCGCCGCAUGUCUCGCAGCAACCGCACUGGGAGCAUCGCUCUUCAAGCACUACAAACCCGCUGAUGGAGAGACCCCGUUCAGUCCGGGCUACGAGCAGAAGCUCUACAUGGCUGACGUGCGAGCUCGAGGAUUCAACAAUCUGAGGCAGUUAUCAUGGGGUGAAAGAGAUCUGGAGUCGCGUUAUCCUCCAGCGGGGCCGGGCUUACCGGGCUACUAUCGCCCCCACACUUACACCGAAGACACCAACGCCUACCCAAAAGACACAGAGAGCAGCGCGUAA